GUGGAGAGGCGCUACAAAAGAGAUGGGGUGAUGGCGAAAAUGCAAAUGACGGUCUCGUAUCAUGAGACCGAGACCUCGAUGGACACGGCGUACUGGGAACAGGCCCACCUGGAACGAGACUCAGUUGGGGAGAGUGAGAUGAGCGAGGCGGAGGACCGGCAGACCGACCUCAGGUCCUCGAUGAGACCAGGCGAGAUCCAGAGGCAUCACCGGGUAGCGAAGCCGGUGGAAGAGGGACCUGAGGCCAGCUCGCGACAGCUGACGCCCAGAGGCCGCGAGGCAGGAGAAAAACAAAGCAAAGGAAAGAAACGGGGUGAAAAGAUUCAACCAAGGCUUAGCGCGGGUAAGCGGCGGGAGUAACUAUGACUCUCUUAAGGUAGCCAAAUGCCUCGUCAUCUAAUUAGUGAYGCGCAUGAAUGGAUUAACGAGAUUCCCACUGUCCCUAUCUACCAUCCUUUGAAACCACAGCCAAGGGAACGGGCUUGGAAGAAUCGGUGGGGAAAGAAGACCAUGUUGAGCUUGACUCUAGUUCGACUCUGUGAAAUGACUUGAGAGGUGUAGAAUAAGUGGGAGCCUUACGGCGCAAGUGAAAUACCACUACUUUUAACGUUAUUUUACUUAUUUCGUGAGGUGGAGCCGGGGCUCUACCCCUGCUUCUCGAUCCAAGGUGCAGGCCCUCGUGGCCUGUCCGAUCCAAGCGAAAGACAUUGUCAAGUGGGGAGUUUGGCUGGGGCGGCAACAUCUGUUAGAAAAGAACGCAGGUGUCCUAAAAUGAGCUCAACGAGAACAGAAAUCUCGUGUGGAGCAAAAGGGCAAAAGCUCAUUUGAUUUUGAUUUCCAGUACGAAUACAAACUGUGAGAGCAUGGCCUAUCGAUCCUUUAGCGUUUCAGGACUUGRAGCUAGAGGUGUCAGAAAAGUUACCACAGG